AUGUUCACAGAAGAUCAAGUCAACGCAGCGAUUGUGGAGAUCAGGGAUCCUGAUAUCGUAUCCUGGGAGCUCUUCACAGAAGUUCCCAACUUCAAAGUCUAUCGCCGUGCUGUAGUUAACAGCGCCUUGAAUGAAUACAAGGUCCUCGGAACAUACCCAGAUCUGCCAGCAAGGUACCUUCUCAGUGCAUACACGGAUCUAAAUUACCGCAAGACCUGGGAUAAGAAUAUGGGCGGUUGGAAGCAACUGGAUGAGCGUCGUCUGCACUAUACCUCCAAAUUCCCUUGGCCGCUCUCUCCUCGAGAUUACGUCUACGAGCUGCAUGUGCAGGAAUUCGGAGGAGGCAUCUAUUGUAUCAAUGGACAGAGUGUUGAGGACAAGACGGUGCCAGAAAAGUCGGGAACGGUGCGCGUGGAUGAGUACAGGCAGGAUGUUGUUAUUCAGCCCCUAGAGGACGGCAAAGGAUGCAAUAUCUGGUUCGGGUACUUUGAUAACCCAAAGGGUAACAUUCCUUCUAGUAUUAUUAAUUGGGCUGCCAAGACAGGUCUUCCAUCGUUCCUCAACUCACUGAGAGAGGCAGGACACGGCUUAAUGAAGAAGGAUGCUGAUAGGAGACAAAACGAGAAAACUCAAACAAUGGGAACGGCUGCGAAUACAUCUGCCUCGGUCAAUCAUUAGAAAGUAUUCCCAGCACCUCGCUGCUUUUUUUAUAACUUGGGAGAUGGAUCAAAUACAGUUAAAUAAAGGAAGAUUAUUUUUUUUUAAACCGAG